UUUCGGUGACACGGAAUAAAGGUCGGGUUUCCGCUGGAGGUCGGCGUGUCGCCGGUGCUCUAUCGAGCUACAGCGCUGCUGCGGUCCCCUAGCAGUGGAUGUGCUAGAAUGUUAAUAUGUCAGCUCGGUUUCAGAGUGAGACACCCGAGCGGAGUGCCGUGCGGCUUGAUGAGUCUGGAUGUCAGCGGCCGGUGUGGAGGCCCCUCUCUCUGAUCGGGGGUCUCCGGUUGCUGCCGCGGGUCUCUGCGGCUGGAGCCGCGGAGCCAAUGCAGGUGGCUCUUCCACAGCGUCUGGAGAAGCCAGAGCUUUCGGAGACGGGCUGGGAGCGCCUGAAGGACCUCUUCCACCGGGAAGACACGCAGUCGUACUCCGAGGAGGUGACCAACGUGCUGAAAAGCGCCAUGGCCGCUGCGCUUCUGGGCAUGGUGUAUGGGGGCGUCCCUGCCGCCCGACUCGCCCGCCAGAGGUUCAUCCAGCAGAGCCAUGCAGAGGUGUUUCACAGCCGUGUGGACGCUAUCCGCUCGGCUCACAACGCUGCCAUCCGCGGGUUUGUCAGGUACGGAUGGAGGUGGAGCUGGAGAGUAGCAGCCUUCGUCACCCUUUUCAACACCGUGAGCACCGGCUUGUCCGUGUACAGGGAUGAGUAUGCAAUGAGCCACUACGCUGCUGCGGGGGCUGUCACUGGAGGAUUGUUCAGGCUCAGCCUGGGACUGCGGGGCCUGGUUGCCGGAUCACUCAUUGGAUCGAUGCUGGGGGUACCUGCAGGGGUUCUGAUUAUGGCCAUGCAGAAGUUGGCGGGAGAAACCAUUCGUGAGAGGCGAAGGAGAGAGCACAGGGAGCUGUACCAGCUGAAACUGGAAGAAUGGAAUGCCCGUUUGCAUGUGACUGAGGACCUGAUUGGCCAGAUGAGCAGCAGUGGAGAGGACCAAAACUCAGACCUGCAGAGGAUUCAGGAGCUGCUCAGUCUGCCCAGGAAUGAGGGCGUGGCUGGGGACUCGGACAGCCAAUGAAAGUGCGAUGCUGGUCAUGUGGCUGCCAAGUGCCCUUUAAUUCUGUAAAUGUGACUUUUUUUGGACGCGCCACUGAUGAGUCUGUCCACAUACAAACUGCUGAUCUCUAUGGGGAUGAAUGAGCGCGACACGCCAUAAAAACAAGCUUGGGAAAAUCCCAGCAGUCUGAGCAUACCUCUGCCACAUCGUGCUCAGUUUUUAAUUACAUUUUAUCUGUUACUAGGCUGCAGCAGUUCAUUCACUGUACGAUGAUUAUGAAACUACAUUUUCAAUUGACAAGGAGCCAACAUGGCAUAAACACACCGAUAUAGUUUGUCCUUA